CCCGUCCACUUUCAUUUUCUGGAAACAGAGUAAACAGCAAAAAGAUAAAUUCUUCGAAGUAUCAGUCUAGAUUCACGCUUGGGUUUUCACGUAUAUAAGUGGCGCAGUUAGAGACUCGAGCCUCGUAAACUGCCGCCGUUGAAGAUGAGUGCAUCAUCGGGUUCUGUUCAGAAAACGGAGGAAGAAUGGCGGGCGGUUCUUUUGCCGGAGCAGUUUCGGAUUCUGCGUGAAAAAGGAACCGAGUUGCGAGGAACCGGAGAGUAUGACAAAUUUUUCGAGGAAGGGGUGUACAAUUGUGCCGGUUGUGGGACACCGCUUUACAAAUCCACGACCAAAUUCAACUCCGGCUGUGGUUGGCCUGCGUUCUACGAGGGUUUCCCUGGAGCCAUAAACCGAACUCCCGAUCCUGAUGGGAGAAGAACCGAGAUUACAUGUGCAGCUUGUGGAGGGCACUUGGGUCAUGUUUUCAAAGGGGAAGGGUUCUCGGUUCCGACCGAUGAACGCCACUGUGUGAACAGCGUCUCGAUCAACUUUGUUCCGGGUAACGCAGCUCCUUCGGUGUGAGGAAAAAGGAAAGUUGUUUCAGCAGGGAAAAAACCGAGUUGUACGAUGUCAACAAAUAAAAAUAAAGCCCUCUUAUGGUUAUUUGAACCCUUUUGUAUCAGAUAACAUGAAGAUGUUAUAUGCUUAUUUGCAGUGCUGUUCUUAGCUUUCA